CAGGAUUGCAUCCUUUUCUUACAUCACUUUAUGCAUUAACAGGAAAGCAGUCUCAUCUGUGAUGCUGGGGCUACCCUACAACCACACAAUGGAACCCCCUGCCACCUUCUUCCUUGUGGAUAUUCCAGGUUUGCAGUCUUCACAUCCUUGGCUGGCUAUCUCACUGAGUGCCAUGUACACCAUAGCCUUGUUAGGAAACACCCUCAUCGUGACUGUAGUUUGGGUGGAUUCCACUCUGCAAGAGCCCAUGUAUUGUUUCCUGUGUGCUCUGGCUGCCAUGGACAUUGUUAUGGCCUCCUCUGUGGUACCCAAGAUGGUGAGCACCUUCUGCUCAGGAGGCAGCUCCAUCAGUUUUAAUGGGUGUUUCACUCAGAUGUAUUUUGUCCAUGCAGCCACAGCUGUGGAGACAGGGCUGCUGCUGGCCAUGGCUUUUGACCGCUAUGUAGCCAUCUGCAAGCCCCUACACUACAAGAGAAUUCUGACACCUCAGGUGAUGCUGGGAAUGUGUGUGACCAUCACCAUCAGAGCUGUCAUAUCCAUGACUCCACUGAGUUGGAUGCUGAGUCAUCUGCCUUUCUGUGGCUCCAACGUGAUUCUCCAUUCCUACUGUGAGCACAUAGCUGUGGCCAAGUUAGCAUGUGCCGACCCCAAGCCUAGCAGUCUCUACAGUCUGAUUUGUUCCUUCAUUAUUGUGGGCUCUGAUGUGGCCUUCAUUGCUGCCUCCUAUAUCUUGAUUCUCAGGGCAGUAUUUGGUCUCUCUUCAAAGAAUGCUCAGUUGAAAGCGUUAAGCACCUGUGGCUCCCACAUGGGGGUUAUGGCUCUGUUCUAUCUACCUGGGAUGGCAUCGAUCUAUGUAGCCUGGGUAGGGCAGGAUGUAGUGCCCCUGCACACCCAAGUGUUGUUAGCUGACUUGUACCUGGUCUUCCCACCCACCCUAAACCCCAUCAUCUAUGGCAUGAGGACCAAACAAAUGCAGGAGAGAAUGUGGAGUUUGCUCAUGGGCAAAGGUGAGAGGAUUAUUUUGAAUUAA